CCAGGGACUGGGCUUUGAAUUAUAUAAUAGUCUUUGGAGCCCUGUUUCUGUCUCAUCAACUUCAUUUCAUUCUUCUUGUCUAUUCGAUUUCCCUUCCGCCCCCUCCCGUCAAUCAUUGUUUAAAUCCAGUCAUUUCAUUUACCAACCCUUUUUCAUCAACAUGUUCCCACCCAUAGUCCUCCUCUUCUUCACCCUAUCCUUAUCCACGCUCAUCUUCGCCGAAACAAUCGAUUACAAAAACCUCAAAACUCCCGCUGGCGACAAGCUCCCCAAUUUCAGUUUCGCCGGAUAUCACCAAUCUGAAAUUCCCCUUCCGGCGCUCACCACGCCCGCAAAUAAAACUUUGAGUCCUGGGUCUGGAGAUCAAGCCCCUGUUAUCCAAGCCGCGCUCGACAGCGUGAAGGAUUCCGGUGGUGGGGUCGUAGAGCUGAAGGCCGGCACCUAUGCAUUGUCUUCUGGAUUACUAAUACAUAGCCAAACGACGUUACGAGGGGCGGGUAUCGGGAAGACGGUUUUGACAGUGAAGAAUCUAGAGGACAAUGUUGUUACGUUAGGGAAGCAAACCAAUGGCGCGAAGAGAGGGGAUAGUGUGAAGAUUACGGAUACCUAUGUUCCUGCGGGCACUAGCACCGUGCAUGUUAGUGAUGCAAGCAGGUUUAAGGUUGGACAGGAGGUUUUUAUCGAGAGGGGUGUUACGCAGAUGUGGAUUGAUGAAAUGGGUAUGACGCCUCAUACCAAAUGGUUACCGCCUGGCACCCUCGUACCCCAACCCCGCCUCAUAGCCAGCAUAUCCGGCAAAGCCAUCUCCUUCACCAUCCCCCUCACUGAUUCCCUAAACGCUACAAACAGUAUCAUGACGCCCAUCCAACUAACCCCGUACGUCCCUCCCACUCAGCCCUCCGAAAUUGGUAUCGAAAAUCUCAGCAUGCGCGUCUCUCCCAGCUGCUCUGGCAUCGCGCUCGGAAACACCACCUGUUCAGCCUCUGCUGUGCGGGUUUCGUCAUGGACAUCUGACUCCUGGGUCCGGAAUCUCGAUCUCACAGGCUUUAAUAAUCAUAUUACUACAGGGCAGUAUAGCGCGCGCAUCACCAUCACAAACAUAACCAUGAACCGCAACGGCGCCACCGACAACUCCGCCGGCUAUGCUCUCGACAUCGCGAUCGACGGAACCCAAACGCUCAUCCACAAUUGCAAAACUCUAGGCGCGAAAGAUGCGAAGAGUUUCGGUGUUGCGACACAGAGUCUCACGCCAGGACCGAAUGCGUGUAUAGGGUAUGAGGCCCAGCAAGCAGUAGAAAGCGUGGAACCGCAUCAGCGGUGGGCGCAUGGGUUUUUGAAUGAAGGGAGUAAGGUGGCGGCGGUAUUAUUGAGGAAUAGGGGAGCUGCGGGGAGUGGGCAUGGCUGGACCGUUAAUAAUGCUGUAUCAUACAACACAAAUGCAUCAGCGUAUACAAUUCAAAACCCGCCGCUAGGUCAGAAUUAUUGUAUAGGUUGUGUGGGACCCAAAGAUUCAAAACAGGUGAAUAAUGGGACAUUUUUGUCGUAUGGCAAGUUCGUGGACCCGCCGAGUUUGUUUGAGGCGCAGUUGAAGGAUCGGGGGUUUGAUUUUAAGAUAUGAUCUGCGACGUAUGUACAAGAACUGGGAAGGGAAAUUGCAGUAGAUAUUGGGUCUAGGGAGGGGAAAGAAGAAGGAAGAUGUAGAGGUGAGGUAGAGGAGAUGAGAUAGGAAGAGGUGGAUUGGAUUCUAGAUGCUAGUCUAGACUCGAGCAAGUACAGAUUGUCUGAGACAUACGUGUAAUGCCCUGUCCGAACAGCAGAUAUCCACGUCCACCCGACGAGAUACAGACUUAGGCUCCUGCCAGCCCCUCUUGUGUCCUCGC